GGGAGUACAAACAUUGAUUGAACCAUGAAGUGAAAGGUGGUGUGUGUGUUACUUGGUGCUAGUACCAUUUCUAUAUCUCUUCUCUCUCAUUCUCUUUCUCCCUUCACUUCAUUCUUUUCCUCUUCAACACAACACCCUCUCUCUCUCUCUCUCUCUCUCUCUCACACACACACACACACACACACUCGCACACACGCACAAUCAUCUUCGACAUUGGAGUCUUGCUGUGAAUUUUCCUCCAUGUUCCUCUCUCUCUGAGGAUCCUCUUCAACCCACGUUUCUGAGCUUGAUUGAGCUUCUGAUUCAAGCUUCUUCGCAAAUUUGAGCUAGUCGGCGUUUUGGAAUUUUGCGUGACACCUCUAUCUUCAGAAACCAUAUUAACAGAGGAUGAGAAUGGUGAAGAGUGAGAUUGAAGAUGAGGUGCUUUCUGACUAUCACACUGGGUCACAGUUGAAUGAUGAGGGUUAUGAAGGACGUGUCUGCGGAGUUGUUCUGAAGAAAGGGCCAUGGACAUCUGCUGAAGAUGAUAUUUUGGUAGAUUAUGUCAAGAAGCAUGGAGAGGGGAACUGGAAUGCUAUUCAGAAGCACACAGGCCUCUUACGCUGUGGAAAAAGUUGUCGACUGCGGUGGGCUAAUCACCUAAGGCCAAAUUUAAAGAAAGGUGCUAUUACUGCAGAAGAGGAGCGGUUGAUUGCCGAGCUUCAUGCCAAAAUAGGAAACAAAUGGGCACGCAUGGCUGCACAUUUGCCUGGUCGUACGGAUAAUGAGAUUAAGAAUUUCUGGAACACCCGGAUCAAAAGGUGUCAACGUACUGGCUUGCCACUUUAUCCUCCUGAAGUGUGUUUACGAGCAUCGCAGGAAAGUCAGCAUGGCCAAAGCACUGAUGGACUUAAUGGUGGCAAUAGAGUGCAUCCUGAUUUUUUUCAGAAAAAGAAUUAUGCGAUACACGAUGCAAUAUUCGACAGUUUGAAGGAUAACCUGGGAAUCUUCCCUUAUACGCCUGAGCUUCCUGAUAUUUCUGUUUAUGGCAGUAUGCUGAAAGAACUUGAUUCCUCUCAGCAUUUUAGUUUUGUGCCAUCAACUUCAUCUUAUCAUAAUCAUCUUCAAGAGUCAACAAUUCCAUCUCUUGAUUCUAAUGUUAUGAACAGAAAUGAUUUUUAUCCAUUUGUUCACAGUCGGGAUAAUACUUAUGAUAAGAUUGCACUAUCAUUUGGUAUGCAAUCAGCCCUUGAUCCUGGUCCCUCCUCACACAGCUCAAUUUGUUACAGCCAUUCACUUUCAAAUGGCAAUUCCUCUGCUUCUAAGCCAUCUUCGGAGGCUUUGAAGUUGGAGCUCCCUUCACUCCAAUAUCCAGAAAUUGAUUUAGGUAGCUGGGGCACAUCUCCCCCACCUCCUUUACUUGAAUCAGUUGAUGAUUUCAUUCAGUCUCCCACUCCAAUUAGUACUCUGGAGUCAUAUUGUCCUUCUCCACAAAACAGUGGCCUGCUGGAUGCUUUACUUUAUGAGGCAAAGACUCUGAGAAGCUCAAAGAACCAUUGUUAUGAAAAGAGUUCAAAUUUAUCUACUGCAACACCUGGUGACAAAGCAGACAGCUCUGCUGUCUACAUGGACGAGACUGAAUGGGAAGACUAUUCUGAUCCUGUAUCUCCAUUUGGUGCAUCUUCAAUAUUGAAUGAGUGCCCUGCUGUUAGUGCCAAUGCAAAUUCAUUGGAUGCGCGGCUACCUGUUCAGACCUUUAAUGGCAACAUUGUGAAAUUAGAGUAUGCUGACCAGGUCUGGACCCCUGACAGUGAAAAUCAAACCAUGUCAAUGUUGUAUACUCGGCCAGAUUUCUUGCUUGCUUCAGAAUGGCAUGAGCAAGGUUCUGGGCAUGUCAAGAGCCAAGCCAUCACAACUAAUGCUACAUCAACUCUUCAUGAAGAUGAUUCAGCGAUUGACUACAAACACAUGACUGCUGGAACUUCUAAAUCAAGUCAGGUAUGGGAGCACUGUUCUUGUGCAUGGAAUAACAUGCCUGCAAUUUGUCAAGUAUCUGAUCGUGGUUAAGGAAACUUCUCCGGGAUGUGUGAUUUCAAACUCUUCUACCAAUUACAUUCUUGGUGAUUUUUUUAGCAUCAUCAGGGUUAAUAUAUCCUGAUUGAAAAAGAUUUGAUAUUGGGUGUGAUUUAUAGUACUAAUACAUGGUCAGAGACUCGUGCUUGGUUGUGCUUUUUCAUUUUUUGUUCUGUUGUUACAUGUAUUGUAUACCACUAUGAAUCUUGUGUACACAAAUGCUUUUGCAGACUGAGUUCUGAUAAAUUUGUAGAACAUUUUCAUUUGAAACUGCAUGUAGCUGGAUGGAUUAAGAAUGUCUUGUAAUGUUUUUUGCUCA